AUGGGUGGCACGUGCACCAAGGUGUCGGCGGCGAGCCUCGGCGGGCGCGACGCCGGCCGGACCCGGUCGACCGCGGCCAACAUUGAAAAGUACGGGCGCUUCCUCCAAGAGAUCCCUGUCGACGGCACGGUCGUGCUUGCGAGCAUGGCCGAAGAGUACCAGCGGCUCCGCUCCUCAGCGUACGCGUUCGUCGACUGCGGCUACCCGUUUGCGAUCUUCCGGCCGCUCCACGCGCGCGACAUUGCCCUUUUUCUGCAAGCGGUGGGCCACCUCAAGCUGCACAUUGCUGUCGCCGGCGGCAAGCACUCGGCGCUCUGCCUUCCGGACAACAGCGUUGUCAUCGACUUGCAUUAUCUCUCCGACAUCCGCGUCAACGCCGAGGACAAGUACAUAGACAUUGGCGGCGGCGCGCGCAUGGGCGCCGCGGACGCCGAGCUGCGCGGGUCGGGCCUCGCCUUCGUCGGCGGCACGCACCCGGACACGGGCGUCGGCGGCUUUGCGCAGACGGGCGGCUGGGGCUGGCUCUCGCGCCAGCACGGGCUGGCCGUCGACCACUGGCUCGAAGCCGACGUCGUCUUGGCCAACGGCGACAUUGUCACGGCCAGCGACAGCAACGAGCACUGCCACCUCAUGCGCGCGCUCCGGGGCGGCGCCGGCAACUUUGGCGUCGUGACGCGCUUCCGCUUCGCCCUCCACCGCAUCGACCGGUGUCACUACAGUACGCCGCUGCGCUUCUGCCCGACGAUCGUGUCGGCCAAGAAGACGGCGAAAGCGUUCCGCGACCGCAUGGACGCCGCACCGACGUAUGCGAGCGGCAUGCUCGUCCUCCACUGCGGCAAGCCACUGGUGUCGCAGGUCAUCACCGCGAUCGGCGAUGCCAACGUCGUCACGGACACGACCUGGAUCGACGACAUGCGGCACUUGGACGGCGGGCAGUGGGCGACGCUGCGGGCAUCGCGGCGCGACGGCGGCUACCACCUCGGCCUCCAGUCGGUGCUCGAGCCACUCACGCAGCGCGGCCACACGAUGACGACGAGCUACUUUGUCAAAGACCUCAGCGACGCCGUCCUAAGCGUCCUUGUGCGCUACACCCGGGUACAGUACCCUGGUGCGCGCUCGGUGAUUGCGGCCGCGGCCUGGGGCGGCCAGAUCCCGCUCGAAGGCCGGCCGCACGCGAUGAGUCACCGCGAGAACGGGUGGUGGAUCCUCGUCCACGCCGUCCUGCCCGACAUGUCGUGGUACCAAGUCACAAAGCACAAGCAGUGGGUGCUCGCUGUUAAAGUCGCGCUCCAAGACGUUGACAACAGCGCGAUGCAGGCGCCGCACGUGAGCUUCGACACGAUCACGCGCAACGCCACGGCCAAGACCCGCGCCUUCGACGACGUGACGCAUCUGUUUCUGCGCCAAGUCAAGACCGAGUACGACCGGAAGAACGUGUUUCAUAUGAACCACAACAUUCGCCCGCUCGUGUAAGCGCGUCUUAUCUGUCCCGAUAACUUAAAAAUAUAUUUCGUGCCUCCAGG